AUGUCUCUUCUAACUAUGGGUCAAGAACACCGAGGAACUAUUUCAAACAUUGCCGAAUACGAUUUCACUAGAUUUCGGACCCGUGCAAAACCGAUGGAUGCUCCCGACCCUUGGAUUAUGUCUUAUAUUGACCGUGCGGGAUUCGGGUACGUAAUGAAUUUAGUACAUACCACAAUUGAUACUAAAUUUAUAUUAGCAUUGUGUGAGCGUUGGAGGCCCGAGACUCAUACUUUUCAUCUUCCAACGGGUGAAUGUACCGUCACGCUUGAGGACGUGUACAUGUUAUUGGGUCUCUCAACAAAUGAAAAAGAAGUGUUUGUAAAUGUCCAACAACUCAAUGCUCUAUGCGUGGAAAUGUUGGGUGUAGAUUUAAUUGAGGGUGAGGGCCGAGAAAGAGGUAGGGGCCAAGGCACGGGGAAUAGUGUAAAUUUUAUGUACUUGUCUUUGCUUGAGGACAUUGAUGAAAUCAAGAUGUAUAGUUGGGGUUUUGCGGUGUUGGAUUACCUCUACAACUCCUUGUGCAAAAAUGCAAAAAAUGAUAGUUGUACAUUUUAUGGAUGUGCAUUCUUGCUACAAGCAUGGGGAUGGUGGAGAAUGCCAGUAUUAGCCCCUGAAAACCCGCACAUAUACGUCUUCCCUUACGCGUCAAGGUUUAAUGCAACUGGGUUGGAUUACACCAAAACGCCUGUAAACAAAAUAAUUUUUUACCGCAAACUCUUGGAUCGACUUCGACCCCAAGAUUUUAUUUGGAGACCGUACUUGGAAUUGGGCCAUGAAUCCGACCCUGCAGAGGCGGCUGUUUGGACGGCAAAAUCACCUAUCAUACGAUUCACCAUUAUGGAGAUGCACCAAAGUGACCGUGUCAAUCUCCAAUUCGGCAUGCAUCAAAAUAUCUCUGACCCCCCUGAGUGUUUGGAACCUUGGCAUCUGCAAAAGGUCAGCCAAUAG